CCGGAUCGCUGCAGGGCUGUAGCCCCCGGGGCGCUCCUGGGCGCUGAGUGCUUGUCCAGCUGCUCUUGGAGCUGGGGGACAGGAGGUGCUGCUCUUAUGGCAACUGGAGGCUUGGUGCUGGCGGGAAUGCUCCCUGCCGUGCCCGUGAAAGAACCAGGGGGAGAAGGAUGAGGUUCGCCGAGUGGGUGAGGAGAAAGGAGCCGGCGGCCUGCUGGGAGGCAGGAGCAGCUAACCUUCCAAAGAGUUGACAUUGUAUGAGCACAGAAGGCAGCAAUGGGAGUGUGCCAUUUUCUACUGAAGAGGUCUCUCAAGAGCUCAUGAUAUUUUUCCAUCUCUCCUCUUAACAUUGCUCCUGCUCCGCAGACAUGGCUCACCAUGCGAGGCCUUCCAGAUCAGCCAAAAAAGAAGAGUUAGGCAAAAGGAAAACUAACCAGAGCAAAAAGAAAUCUAGCCAAGUGAGAAAGAAAACCACAAAGGCUUCCACAAAAGCUGUUAGUUCUGGAAAAGGUAAAAAGCCAGUGCAAGAAAAAGAUGUUAAGAAAAAACAGCAAGAAAAGAAACCAAUCAUGAGCUCUUCAGGUAGACUUCUUAGGAGCAAUGUAACCUUGUCUGGAGCAUCUUGGGUGAGUUUGGAGAAAGCUGACAAUAUCCUCUUCCACAACCAGGAUUCUUUCAGCAUCAACGGCUUCACAAUGGCUCUCCGGAACCGAUCCUUCUCCAGAAGAUUGUCCCAAACUUCAGUAAUUGCAAAGCCCAGGAAAGCUGCAGAACAAAAAAGGCUAGAAACAAAGGAAGAACAUGAACAAGAAGCCCUGGCAGUAGGAGAAGAGAAAAAGGAUGAACCAGGUGAAAUAGCUUUGGAACAAGAUGUAGCUCCAAGUGAGUUUGCUGCUCUGCCUGUAGAAGGCUGGCUGUGCGGUGCAGGUGAAGAGCCUGUUAUCCCAAUAUCUGAAACAGAUGACUCCAUUCCAAACAGUCAGGUAACUGAUGAUGGUACAGAAGCUUCAGAGGUGAAAUCUAAGCAUGAAGACCUGCCUUGUGAGCAGAUACUCAGUGAUCUUGAUCCAGGUAGUUUGGCUGAAGCAUUUGUUGAAGAUGCUGCGCUGGUGCUUCCAUCUUUUCCUUCUGACUCUGGAAUUGCCUCUGAAUCAAACUCGAAGGUGCAUGCAGAGGCUCCCUUCAAUGUGGUGCCUAACAGUACAGAACCUGACUCCAGCUCUGUUGAUACCUCAGGCCUCAGCUCAGCAGUACUGAUAGAGUCAGUCACACUUGCCAAAUUCCACAUUGGAGCAGGGCUGGACAUGGUGCUACCUAGGGAAGAACAAGCUCUGGAUUCUGCAUCUCUAGUUACCUCUGAGUUUAACUCACAAGAACAUUUAUUAGAAGAUGCAAGGUCACUGGCAGAUUCCUACUUGAAGGCAGGCUGGGGUUUGGAAUCUGAGAAUAAAGACAUUGGUUCAAAUUCCAGUUCUGUAGCUGCCUCUGAAUCAAAUUUGAUUUUGCAUUUUGAAGGUGCAAGCUCACUCGCAGAAUACCCCAUGAAACUGGUUGUGGAUUUUGUACCCAUUCACAGAGAACUUGAUUCAAAUUCAGAUUUGAGCUUUACAAAAGAGAAUUCAGAAUUUGACUCAAAGAACAUAUUUAGAGUAUGUGAACCAGUCUCCAAUACCUCUUUAAACAAUAUUGAAGUAGAGGACAUUGAACAGCUUGUUAAAUGUAUUGAUGCAGAAACAUUGAUUUUGAAUUCAGGGUAUGUCCCCGCUUUAUCUUCAGAUUUAGGAAAAAGCACAGUUGAUAAAAUCUCUUCUGAAAGCUCUGGACAAUACUCUGCAGGUUUUGUUUCAGAGUUGCCUUCAAGCAUGGAAAUCUCUGCUCUUGCCUCAGAAAAAGCCAUAAAUGCAGAUUUGCCAGCUGACUCAAGACUGCAGCAUAAUGAUUAUUCAUCACAGCUGGGAAGUGUCGGAGUAAGCUUGAAUUUGGUUCAGGACAACCUGAGCAACAGCACUGAAGCAGUUGAGGCCUCAGGGCCGUACUCUCUUAAAAAUCCAGCUGGUGAUUACCCUCUUCCAUAUUCAUCUCUGCUCCCUAUGCUGGAGAAAAAGAAACGAAGGCGGUGUGGAGUGUGUGAGCCCUGUCUGCGGAAAACAAACUGUGAGGAGUGCAGCUGCUGCAGGAAGCGCAAAACCAGUCACCGGAUAUGUAAAAAGAGAAAAUGUGAAGAACUGAAAAAGCCACCGCCACCAAUCACGCUACCUUUUGAGGUCCUAACAGAAAACAAAAGGCCUCAGAGGAGGAAGCAAAGAGUUUUAAAGGCAAAUUUAGAAAACAAAGCAGUAAAUGGCCGCAGACCAGAACUCAUGGAAUGCAGUAUAUGUGGUCAUGGUGAAAAAUACAGGGUGAAGACAAACCAAGCAGUACCCAUUGAAAAUGUGCAGUCUAAGGAGAAAGAGAGCAUGACUGGCUUGGAAGCAGGGAAGUGGGCACAUGCUGAGAAGCCAUCCUUUGGUGUCCACGUCAACGGCGACCUCCACGGAGCUGUGACGGGCACCCAACACUUGAAACACGCUGAGCACAGCCACAGGGCAGCCUCUCCCAGUCACUUCCCUGAGCCAAAAAAAUCCUUGGUGCACACCGUCAAAAAUGGCAUAAACACCCUGCAUUAUUCACCACCAGAAGCAGCUGCUUCCCUGAACAAUGUGUCUGCAGAGGAAAGGACAGACUUGACAAGCAACUCCCACAUGCAAUGGCCGAUGUGUGGCAAUCUGAAUAAUGUAGUAAGCACUCUGACAAGUGGCACUGGCUGUGUUCACCCCGAAAACCAAGGGAAUGUUUUAAUGAAAGAGGAAAACUGCACCUGCAGCAUCUCUGAGUAUUCUGAUCAGUCAGUUUUGCAGACAGGUUCCAGCUUGGAUGUGCAAGAAAGCUUGUGUUGUCCUCCACUGCCUGAAGGGGAGCUGCAGGCAGGGAAGGAUGGCUUUACAGUACCAAGUGUGGAGACACAGCCUGAGAAUACUGCACUCCAGCCCACUUUCUUGUCCCUGAUUAAAACCAGAAAUUUAACUCUGGAGCAGGUUGUAGCUAUUGAAGCUUUAACACAGUUGUCUGAAGCUCCUUUAGAAACAACUUCACCAGCUAAAAGUACUGAACACACAGGAGAAACAACUUCCAACUUGCUCCACAGUUUUAAAAGGGAUAUCUCAUCCUCCUUUACAUCCUCUGCAUUACAAGAAAUCAAGGACACUUACUUACAGAAUGAGCAACAGCUCUUGGCUCACUGCACUCCCUCGCAGAAGCAGCUCCCUAAUAAGGCAGUGUUAUACAAUGGCCAAAGUUCAGUGUCUGAGUUGUGUGAUAAACCUGCCAAUCCAGCUGGGGAGAUGUAUAAAUUACAGUUACCCUCAAGAGAUACCAAAACUUUAUCUGACCUAACAUCUAAUGCAGCAUCGUUUUCAGGCUACGAUUCCAACAAAAGUUGUGCUCGUGAUCCAGUCACCCUAGCAGGGUACUGCAGUGCUUCAUGUGAUGUCCAGCAUGCAGGGAACAACUUGGAAGCUCCUGGCCAGUUAGAGCAAAAGCCAUCGUGUAGUGAUUUGAAAUUGGAAGGUGGUUCUUUGAUUAAAGAAGGAGGAAUGCACAGCCAGGAUGAAGAGGAUGUAGCGGCACAGCUAACUCAACUGGCAGCCCUGAUUGAAUCAAACCAGACGAAUCCAGAGCAGAAGAACAACAUAAAGGCAUCACUGCUUAAUCUAAUAUCACAUGAGAGGCAGCCAAAAUAUAGCCAAGAAGUGUUGCAGAAAAAAGAAUCUGUAUUUUUUAGGCGUAAUUAUAGUUCCUUACUGUUAAAGCAAAAGCAAGCAACAAAUAAGAAAGGAAAUGCUGUGCCAUGGAAACCAAGACACAAAAAGAAGCCUCAAGAAGCACGCUAUCAACAAAAUAAUCAAAACCAGCUAGAGCUGUUGUCAUGCCAGCAUAGUGAAUUGCAGGACAUUUGGAUAUCAUCAAAACUGCAUAAGCUUGGUCAAACCAUGCCACAGGACUCCAGGGUAGCUCCAUCUGAAAAAAAAUCUCCAAGAACCAAAGUACAGAGAGUGCUCAGUCAAAAUACUAUAGCAUCACAAGAAAAAACUAGAUUAUUUCUUCCACAAGCACAGAUAAAAUUCCACAGGUGUUUACCUGAGGCACCACAGGAGAAAAAAAAAGACAGGUUGUUUGGCUGUGAAGUGGUGAAUGAGCAAAUGAAAACUGUGGGCUCCAGUGACCCACUAGGUGCUGAUCCAAUGAAAAAUGAAGUUGUUGCAUGUAGCCAACACAGCGACCUGUCUUCCCGUAAUCCUCUGACUGGUUCUCAGCUGAAAACAGCAUCCUUGUUGAAAAAGCCAACUGAAAACCUACAGAUGUUUACAGAAAAAUGUAAUUCUCAGGUAGAGCAAACAGCAAAUGUCAGUCAGGCGCAUCCUUUGCCACCAACUUUUAACCGGUCUAACCUGAGAGCUAACGAAAUGUGUAGUGAGAACAAAGCCCAUGCUCAGCUGGUCAAACAGCAGGUAGAUCCGAAGUCCCAGGUGCUGCCUGUUCCCUGUGCUGGGGCCCAGGUGCCAGGUUCUGCUGAAGCUCUCAGGAAUAUGGAGUGUGUGGGUGAGGUGACCGUUCUGACAUCAACCAGAUUGGGUACUGACCACGCCCAGAGCACAGGCGACUCAGGGUGUUCCCCAGCAAAAAACACGCUCAGCAGUUUCCUUGAAUCACCUAUGAAGUUUCUUGAUACCCCUACAAAAAAUUUAAUAGACACACCUACCAAAAAAGGACAAUCUGAAUUGCCAACUUGUGACUGUGUUGAGCAAAUUAUAGAAAAAGAUGAAGGCCCCUAUUACACACACCUCGGGACAGGACCAAGUGUUGCUGCUGUGAGAGAAAUUAUGGAGAACAGGUAUGGAGCAAAAGGAAGUGCUGUGAGAAUUGAGGUGGUGGUUUAUACAGGAAAGGAAGGAAAAAGCUCUCAGGGGUGUCCAAUUGCCAAGUGGGUGAUCCGGAGAAGCAGUGACGAGGAAAAGCUGCUGUGCUUGGUGCGUCAGCGUGCGGGGCACCACUGCCAGACAGCCGUGAUCGUCAUCCUGAUCCUGGCCUGGGAGGGCAUCCCGCACCUGCUGGCCGACACACUCUACAAGGAGCUGACGCAGAGCCUGCGCAAGUAUGGCUGUCCCACCAGCCGCCGCUGCGCCCUCAACGAAGAUCGUUCUUGUGCAUGUCAAGGACUUGACCCAGAAACUUGUGGAGCAUCAUUCUCAUUUGGCUGUUCAUGGAGUAUGUAUUUCAAUGGCUGUAAGUUUGCCAGGAGCAAAAACCCCAGGAAAUUUAGGCUUCUCACUGAUGACCCUAAACAAGAGGAACUUCUUGAGAAUAAUUUGCAAACGCUGGCUACUGAUGUGGCUCCGGUUUAUAAGAAGCUUGCUCCAGAAGCUUUCCAGAACCAGGUGGAAAACGAGCACAUGGGCCCCGACUGCCGGCUGGGCUGCAAGGACGGCCGGCCCUUCUCGGGUGUCACGGCGUGCAUCGACUUCUGUGCCCACGCCCACAAGGACACCCACAACAUGCACAACGGCAGCACCGUGGUGUGUACCUUAACCAAGGAGGACAACAGGAGAGUGGGGGUGAUCCCGAGCGACGAGCAGCUGCACGUGCUGCCUCUCUACAAGAUCUCCCAGACCGAUGAGUUUGGCACCGAGGAGGGCCUGGAGGCCAAGAUCAAAGCCGGAGCCAUCCAGGUGCUCACAGCGUUCCCCAGGGAGGUGCGGAUGUUGGCUGAGCCUCUCAGAGCUACCAAGAAAAAGAAACCAGACACAAGGAGGACCCCAAGUGAAAAGCAGCCAUUAAUAGAUAAAAAAUAUUCAACACCAGUAAAACUGAAAACUGAAGCCCCAGAAAAUCUUGGCAACGCUUUGCAUUGUUUAGGGAACAAAACAGAUUCUUUAAAACCUGGAAUAAAAAUGGAGACUUCCAACCACCUUUAUGCCAUGAAACAUACUUCAAACACUACUAAAAAUUGCUCUUUACUGAAGCAGUACACAGCUUCCUCCCCCUUCAAGGUGGAUGGUUUACAUCCUUACCCAUCUCUCGCACACAAGCCUGGCCUAACUGCAGUGACUAAUAUCCAACAAGAUUUUUCAGUUCCCUACGGGUAUUUUGAAUGCAGUACCAAGCAACCUCACGUGACACCUUAUGUUAACUGCAAGAGCUUUGAUGUGUCAGUCAAAGAUUAUACUGGAAUUCUGCUGAACGAGAAGGUGAACGGCGUGCCACCCAUUCUUCCCGAGGUCACUGCUCCGGGCCCCCCAGCCCACAAAGAGCCCCUGCCCACAAUACUUGAACAGCAGCCAGACAAACAGAAUUGUCACCUUCAGCUGGACACUUCUGCCUCCUCAGAGAUGAUCAGCUCCUGUGACUCCUCGCUCCCGCUCAGCUCCUCGGCACAGGAUGCCCUGGGACCCGCGGCCGACUGCUCCCAAGGGUGCCCGGUGGAAAAGGGCAGCUCCCAUGGGGGACAGAGCUGUGACUUUGACUGUGCUGAUGUAAAGCAAACCAGUGCACUGGGACAGGCAGCUGAGUCUGAAGAAAAGGCUGAGGAGUUGUGGUCAGACAGCGAGCACAAUUUUUUGGAUGAUGACAUCGGUGGGGUUGCUGUGGCACCUUCUCACGGUUCUAUCUUAAUCGAAUGUGCGAGACGUGAGCUCCAUGCUACCACACCGAUUAAAAAACCCAACCGCAAUCAUCCCACGAGAAUUUCUUUAGUUUUUUACCAACACAAAAAUUUAAAUGAGCCAAAACACGGUUUAGCCAUGUGGGAAGCAAAGAUGGCCGAGAGGGCGAGAGAAAAAGAAAAAGAGGCGGAACGAUUAGGAGCGGAGAACCCCGACCUGAACUCUAGCAACAGAAAAGCAAAGCAGCCAGGUGAAAACAGAGAUCUUUUUUAUGAAGACAACGAGUUCAACCAAAUUCCAUCCCGCAGAGCAUUAACAGUGACCAAGGACAACGUGAUCACAGUCUCUUCGUACGCCCUGACACGAGUGGCAGGGCCCUACAACCACUGGGCGUAGCGGCCGCGGUGGGCCCUGGGUGCAGUCACUCGCUGGUGCUCACAGGUGCUGUUAAAGAACAAGUCUCGUGUCGUUUACUAUUUGCUCAUCUCAACCAUUUUAAGGCUGAGGUAAAAAGGGGGGGGAUUUCUUCUUAAACUGUGACUUUAACAUUUGGUGGUGCUCAAGCACAUUUUAAGCAAAAAACAAAAAAAAAAAAGUUGUAUAGUUUUAAUACAUUCUAAAGAAAGAUUUUGUUUAGGUUAUUAACCUUGAUUGAAUCAUUCAGUUUAUUACCUUUAGGAAUUUAUAUUUUGGUGCUUUAAAUCGUCUGUUUACUACAAAAAUCAUUUAUAGCUAUUUUAACAGGUUCACAUUUUAUGGUGUUAAAUCAAGUUAUACAGUUAUAGCUCUACACAGCUCUUGGUGCUUAACCACAUCAAACAGUUAAAAAUAAAUAAGCUGAAUUAUUACUUCAUGGUGCCAUUGCUUUAACAACUUCCAACCAUUGCUAUAUAGUCCAAAUUACAGACAAAUCUUUUAGAAAACCAACUAAUUUUGUUCUUUAGAUUCGUCAGUAGAACGAAGUAUUGGUAAUGAUGGCUGGAAGUUGUUUCUAAGCUGUAAAUAUAUAUUUUAAAAGCACUUUCUAUUUUUAAAAUUAACUUGAAAUAGUAUAGUAUAAGGAUCAUAUUGUCUAAGGUUUGUGCAUACUCUACAGAAGAAAUGAUUUUGUUCUUGCUGUGCAGAGUUCCAUGGUAUUACAGGUGCAGGAUGUGUGCUGAUAGCAUAUGUGGUUGUUUUCAACUUGCCCUUUUUCACUGAAGAUUUUAUGUUGCAUAUAAACAAACAGUUAUGAAUUAUAGAACCUUUUUAUUCUUUUUCAAGAGAGUGUACAAAGGUGAAAGGAGAGAUGUCUGGUCAAUCCGUGUGUUGCUAUUGGGAGUUAUGAACAUUACCUGUUUUUUUAAAGGCAGCAUUUGUUAUGGUUUCUUUGAGCAAUAAGUGCAUCAGUCUCAUUUGUUUGCAGCAUUCUGAGUUAACAUGGCAACCAAAUGUUCCUAAUGCCUCAGGGGUAGGAUUGUUUUGGGAUAAAAAGUUACCCCCUAGAGUUGCCUUAUUCUAUUCUGAUAGAAAAAAAUAAUUUGGGAAAAAUACAAAGGAAGUGUUGGAAAACGAUCAAAUUUCUAAUCUUUAGCAGCAAAGUUUUUGUUAAGAAUAACCUCUCUGUUAUACUCACUGACUUUCUGAGUUCAGCUUUUUUACAAAAAUGUUUUGUAAAUUUUGGAAGCGAUUUAUACAUUUGACAUGGAAAAGGUUGUAUCCUUCCUUGAAAUUUAUGUUCUUCAUUUCUGUUGAGAAAGUGACAUGUCACAAAACGAGUAUUUGCUAAACCAGAGGAAAAACAGACACUCCGUUGCUUUUAAAUACUGUAGCAUCCCACUCUUCUUUCUGAUUCUCCUCUCCUGUGUAUUUCUUGUUUCAACUUAUUUAUUUAAACAAAUUACCAAAUGACAACAUUAGCUAAGGACUGACCUCAUCCUGCAGCUUCUUCCAUGCGAGCCGGCUGGAGGCAGGAGGAGCACUGACCCCAGGAGUCCCUGGUGCUGGAUCAGGCCCACAGACGCAGCUGUCCCCUCCUCUGCCUCAACCUGCAGGCAGAAUGAAGUCACUUUUCCAGUGUGGAAACAUACUAAUCAUAUACUUGAUAAUAUUAUACUGUAGUGGUGCUGUAUAGAGGAAUAUGAACUAUCUGGAUCUGCUUUAUUUAAAGACAAGGUGCUUUUUCCUUGAGGAGCUGAAGUGCAAGAACUCCAUUUGCAGUUUGGUACGAGAAGUACAUCAGUGGUGGUGGAGCACAGAGCCAGUCAGGACCUUGGUGCUACAAAUCCUUUGGUGCGGUGCAGAUCCAGGAGACUCCUCUGGAGCCAGGGCUGAGGUAGCAAUCACUAUGUAAUGAUCCCGGGUUCAGUUCUGCACAUUCCUGUUCAAACUGACAGAGCUAUUAAUGGCAGAGGAUGGAGGAAUUGAACCAGUUCUUUGGAUCUUACCUAUUUUAAGUAAAAUCUGUAAAAACCGGGUAUGCUGCAAAUUUUAGUUCAAAGCUUAAUAUUAGUUCAAAUAGAGGAUAUGAAGGGAUUGUAAAUAAUGAUGAAACAGAACCAAUAUUAUGCCAUUGUUUUGUACCAGCAGUUUUAUGCUUAUUGACUAUGUAAUAUACAGUAUACAUCAAAUCAUUAUGGUAUUUUGUGUGCCUUAGAUUUCCAUUUCAAAACUUGUAUAUUUUUGGUGAGCCGAAGAUGAGUAGGAAUUGCAGCUGUCCAUACAGCCAGUAGUGCUGUACAUUCCAGAGCUGUUCAGCCAUGUCCCUGUCCCACCAUGUAGAGAUUCAUUUCUUGGUUUCACUGACAGCUUCAGUUCUGUAAUGCUGUAGUUCAGCACUCUCAUGUGACAAAUUUUCUACACAAAGUUGGUAAGCUACGGAGCCAUCUCUACCUUUUAAAAUGUUCAUACCAUUAAAGUGGAUCAUUUUUACUUGAAUCUUCUCCUACAAAUGCCCACAUUUAACUUACUGGAAACUUCAGAUAAAAAUGUUCCAUUGAAAAACCAGCAGCUUCCCUCUAAGAAGUGAGGCACUGAAAGGUGGAUCUGAAAGGAUCCCCUCAAACAGGUAGCUCAGCUCUACCUUUCUUUGAAAUGGCAAUUCUAACAAAUAAAUAUGUAUCUUAACAUAAUUAAUAACUAUUAACUGAUAGGUGCUAAACUCACAGUUACUACUUCAUUAAUAUUACUUACAUGACAGAAAUACAUCAUCUACACAAUAACAGAUCACCCACGGUGCUCUUUCCUUGGCUGGCUUUCACCUAAACUGCUUUUUCAACAUCUCCUGCCAGGCAGGUUGGCCACUUCCACUUCCUGCUGGACAUGCAGUGGGUUGUGAUUUGAGAAGCUGAUCCUUUCUGUUGCUGUACUGCAGUAUAGAAAAUGCAGCUAUUUACUGCUUUUACAACUCAGUGCUAUUUCUUGUAGCACUUCAGGAUAUUUAUCAGUCUUGUACACCAAUUGCAUUGUUUUCAGUUAGGUUAUCAUUCUUUAACAGUGUUUAUCUCUUAAAAUCUUCAACUCUGUGGGUCUGUUCUUUCCUUGGCAACCCACACAACCACUUGUAGUUUGCUCUUAGGUUUUAACCCAAGUCCUUCUUGGAUAGCCAGACCUGGAGCUGGAUCAAAAAUUAAGGUAGCUGGCUUGGUCAGACCUGCAUGUUUUAUUUGGUUUCCAUCAGCUGGCACAAUGUUCUGGGUGAAAAACCUGCACAUGGAUUCAGGUGUGGGCUGGCAGUGGGGUGUGUUUGUCUUUGGAUCAGUUCUUACAAUAUGCCAGGAAAACUGUCAUGACCCAGCCCAGGACACCUCUGACUUCCCAGAAAAAUUGUGUCUCAUCCCUUUGUCCACUGGGUCCAGUACCACAACCCCACCUCCACUGGGAAGGGAGGAGCAGGGCUUGUUGCUGGACCAGCUCUGUAUGACUCCCUGGGGGAGUCACUGCAGUUGUGUCCAGUUAAACAGUGAAUUUACUGGUUUUUCACAUGCUGUGUAUUGCAGGAAAUAGAAAGAAAUAUUUCUAUAAAUACUUUAGUCACAAGAUCCAAGAAGCUUUUUAACUACUUACAAAUACUUGCAGCUUCCAACCUGUAACAGUUGUAUUCAGAUUUUUUAAAGGACUUUCUAAGAAUCUUAACUGCUGGUGAAAGUCCUUGUGUUACCUAUGACAGUGCUCCUCUAGAAGUAGAACAGGAAAUAACUGUAGUUAAUCUUGAGCAACAUUUUAUGUUAAGCAUGGGUAAAUGACAACUUGUCUUGUACUCAAGAUUCUUUCUAGCAUACAACUGUAUGGGUUUUUUUAAAGACCUUUUUAAUUUCAUUGCAGUAUUAACUGAAUGUGGUGGAUUAAAUGUGGGUCCUGUUCACAGUGCUGCAGCCCUGCUGACUCCCAAGGGCUCAUUCAUGAGGUUUUCCUGCAAUGUCCAUGUUUAAUUGGAUGGAUAUGGACAACAGUUGACCAACAUUUGUACCAACUCAGAGGUCAAUCUUGCUCUUUCACUUCCCAUGUAGCUUCUCUCAUGUUGAAAUGAACUCCAUUUAUCAAGCAGUCUCCAGCUUUGUAAUACAUUUAUAUAUCUGGUUAUUUCUUUUCCACAGAAAUCCUGUCAUUUCUAGGCUAUCAGAAGGAAAUGGCUGACCUCUCAGAUACAGAAGACUCAAUUGCAUGGCCACUUCCAUGCUUUGUGUAUGUUACCACCAGUCACAUUCAGGCAGUGUGGGACAAACUCUUUCUGGCUGAUUGUGGUCACUGAAAUUCAGGUUAGAGUCUUUGUGACAUCUGCUCCACAAAAUUGUUUGAUUCCUUGUGUGAAAGCUGUGUGCCACGCUGUGAGCUGUGCUGAUCUGCUCCUCAAUAGCAAUUGGAGAUGAGGAGCAGUCCAGUCACUUUUGGGAAUUCCUGCUUUAUCAGGUCUUGAUCUGACUUGCAGGAGGAAGUGUGGAGGGAAUGUCUUUGCACUGAUGACUGUGACACCACGGUACUGCGCUGCAAUGUCUGUGUCACAGCACUGCUCUGACCAGUGACAUGUUUCAUUGUGGGUAUUAGGUACAAAUUCACCUCUUUGCACAGUUCCUCCACAGGCAGAAAUCUCUCCUUUGGUCUCUGCCUGCAUAAUCUGGUUUAAAAAAACACCAGAGGAGGGAGAGAGUUGGCCCCUGCUGUCAAUGUACACAGACAGACAAGGCAGCAAGCACUCUUAUGAUGGGCAGCCUGCUGCCCUCUGCCCCCAUCAGGACAGAGAGCACAGAGAGCUGCUGGUGCUGCUGGGCCUCCAUUCUCUUUAAGGUCCUUUCCAGCCUUGCUGAUUCUCUGCACAGCAUAAAUAAAUCACAGGCAAAGUUGUGAAGGUACAAUUGGUUUUGGAGUCAGCCUUCUGUGCACAUGUAGUUGUCAUGGUACUUCUUUGUACUAAUACUUCUUUUGGUCCAUCUGACUUAAAAUUCAGUAGCUUAUUUUCUUUAGUCUGUGACACACUUAACAUUCUCCUUGAAUCUAAACCAGUGACCAGUGUCAAAAGUCUAGAUGAUGUGGCUGCUUACUCUUCACAGUUCAGGAAGUGGUUUCAGUCUCUUUUGGGAUUACCUGAUGUUUAGUCAGUCUUCACAAGUUGUCUACAUUCUGCUUUAGGAUGUUGCUACAAAAUUGUAAUUACAUCAAGGAAGGAGUUUUGCAUUCAAGGUUUUCUGAAAGAUCAAGGAUUUCUAACAGUAGAACCUGAGCAGGCACCAGGCUCCAUAUGGAUCACUUCCCUAAGGAGUGGUUGAAUAUAUGCUGAAUUUAUUACUUCCCUGUUAAAGUCUUUUUGGUUCUUUUAGAGAACAGGCAGAACUUUUCAAUACUGUCCCAUACUUGACUAAAUUAUGAAGAAUUAGUUCUGCAUGAUGUUGUGUUGUGUCCCUGAAAAAACACUUAAUAUGGCUGGUGUUGAUUAGUGGGGACCACUUUGACUCUGUGCAGCUGGCACUGGAUUCUCUGGCCACCUUUCUCUGUGGUCUUUACAAAUCAUCAGCUGUGCUCAGUUAGUGCUGGCUCACUUUCUCACCUGCUGCUGGAUGCUUUCAGUGCUUGGAACUGUCCCCAGAGCUUUUCUCUUCCCAGAUCAGCUUCAGCACUGGGCAUGAGCAGCACUAAUGCUGCCAGCCUGCCCGUGAGCCCCUGCACACCGUCCUGCUCGGUGUGGAAUCAGCCAUCUCCAUCUCAGCAGUGUCAUGUCAAGCUGUUCUCCUUGGCACUCUCCCCCUGAACUCCAUUCAUUCCAGUCCCCUGGACAGGUUGCUCAGAGAGCUUGGGGAUGUGCCUCAUCCUUGGCCAGGCUGGACAGGGCUUGAAGUAACCUGGUGUGGUGGAAGGAGGUGAGCUUUAAGGUCCCUUCCAACCCAAACCAGUCUGAUUCCUUGAUCUUAUAUUCUGUAUGUGACAGUUCUAGGACUUUUACUUCAUGUUUUCUCAUGCAGAGCCUAGAAUAUUACAGGUGGGAUUUUUUUUAAAGUCCAGUAGAGAGGGACAAUUCAUAAUCUGUCACAGUCAUUGUUUUCUUACUUUUUUAAAAAUCAAAUAAUCAGUUUUCCAGUUAAUUUUCAGAUUUUUUGAUGUAGUUGUUUCAAUCUGUUCUUGUAUCUGCAAGUAGCCAAACAAAAGGGACUUUGCAAGACUAGAGAACCAUCAUUCCUGAGAAGGAAAAGUCAUUCCUUCUCAGAGUACAGGAUUUCUUCAUGUGGGUUGCAUCUGUGUCCUCUUGUCUUUUGAGUCACUUUUAACAGCUCUGCUCCAUUCCUAACAGCUGCUGCAGCCCCUGCAUGAUUGCAAGAGCAGGAGUGUUUCUUUACAUCUUCUUAAAUCUUAGAUCAGUCUUUGUGAGAUAUUCAGGUAUUAUGUAUGUUAAAUCCCUGAACUAACACAGGACUGCUUGGAAAAAAUGUUCUUCCUCUGUGGCAAAAAAUGGAAUUGAAGGAGCUUGAGAAGAAAAUAAUUAAGGUGGUUCCUGCCUUUUAUUAGAGGAUAUUGAAGUGUCAGCAUUUCUGUUUCUUUGUCUUUCUGAUAAUUAAGACUUUAGGAUUUUUUGCAGUCCAGUUCCCCAGUUCACCAUCCCAAGAGUUGCUCACAGUGUCCAACCAUGUACUGCUAAGCUUCAGUUUUAAAAGAUACAAGAUGUUUCUUGGUGCUGUAUCCUUAACUCCUCCAGACAGUGUCUUUUCCUUUCUUCUGCUGGGCCAUUAUAGAUGGCAUUUUUCCACACACACUUCUGUUCAAAUGCCAGAAUCUUCCAACAGCAUCCUUGCAGUGAGUGCAGGGCUGGGGUGCUCACUCAGUUCCUGAAGGUGACUGGUUUGGUGUGACACCAACGGUGCUUUUGUCAACACUCUGCACACCUUGCAGACAUUCCUCCCAAAGUCACAGAGCCCAGGUGUACCUCAGAACCUGCAGCUGCAGGGAGGACAGCUUGGGCACUUAAACUACAGUUACCACUCAGAGCAGCUGAACUGUGCUCCAGAGAGGGGCUGUUGCACUGGGGCCAGGGAACUGCUACUUUUGAUGUUCAGUAGUGCAGUUGUUGUCACAGAACGUUUUAAUGCUGUCGUGGAAAGUUUUGUGACCUGAUCAAUAUUUUACAUGUAUAUCUGUAUUUUUAUUAGAUUGUAAUGGAGAAAGGGUCUAGGGUUUGGGAGUUGUCUUAAAGUAAGAAUGGAGGCCCUGAUUCUCAUUUAUACUGCUGUCCUUGGCAUUGCUUUGGGAGGAUAAAGGGACCCUAAAUGGAUCUCACUUUGGCUUACAACCUUUGGAGUAUCCAUCCCACUGAUCAGAGUAUAAAAGGUCAGUAGUAUAAAUAAAAACAGUUAUCAAAUGACUGAUUUGUACAAUGAUCUGAAAUCAAUUUCAUGGUAUCCUUACUGUGCACACACUGGCCAGUAACAUCCAGAUUGUUCUUAGUUUAGAAAUACAGGUUGAAAAGAGACCUGCUUGGGUUUUAGCAGGUUUUAAGUAUUUGCUUCUUUUGGCUGUCCUUUGCCCAGCACUGUCUACAAAGACAAUGUGCUGAAAGAUUUGUACCUCUAGGUAAUGGCCAGCCCAGAAAUCUCACAAAAUUAUCCAAAAUGCUAUUUUUAUGGUAGUUCUUCUUAAAAUACUUGCUACCCUUUAUCAUAACUUGGAUCCCUUUUACUUGAUGAUAUAAACUGGGGUUGUGACAAUCUACUGAACUCCCUUCUGUCCUGACUUCACACCCAGCAGAGUGUGCAGUGCUGUGUGCUGUUGUCACACUCUGGUGAGUUUGGGGACACAGAGUUAAAGCCAACACCUUCUGCCUUCCCUGACUGUGGUGCUACUUGCCAGGGAGAAGCCUGGCAUGGCUCUGCAUGCCUGAGUCCUGCAGAGCUCCCCUUGCUGCCCGUGGAAGUUCCAUGUGAACAGCCCCGCCGCAUUGCAGUGAUGCAGUGCAAAUUUCUCCUUCAAAAGAAGUUUGAGGAAAAGGAAAUAAACAUACUUUAAGAAGGAAACAUACUUUCCUUCUUAAAUUUUACACUGCAGUGAUACUGCAGAGGCUAGUGAGAACAGAUUUUGUACCAGCUUUGUGAAUGCCUGUCUAAUCCAUGCAACUCAAAAGGCAGCACUGAACUUCAUUAAGCUCUUGUCCUCUAAAUUAAAAAAUCAUUGUAGUCCAGAAGAAAUGGGAUCUCCCAGUACUGCUAAAAGAAAUGCAGUUCUAACCAAUGCAAACAUUUGUACAUUUCAGUUUUUAAAGUGAAUUACUCUACGAUUAUUUGCUCAGUUUGGAAGGGACAGCUCUUCAUAAUGUGACAGUUUCACGCCAGGUCGCAAGUACUGAUCAGAAUUUGCUGUCGUGAAGAAAGAACAUGAGUGUGUAAGGACAUGCUGGACUGACAUGCAGUGGCUAAUGAAUUCCUUCCUGCUGUGGGAAGAUAACAGAUUAGCAAUAUGCCAAAGCAAAAGAAAAAAAAGUCAUGGGUUUUUUCCUUCUCUCUUUCUUCUUUUCGAUCUUUCUUUCUUUCCUUGGGAUGCAUUUGAUAUUUAUUUUUCAACUUUGAGGUUUUCUUCCCAGUUACCAACGUACUAUACUGAAAUCUGGAACAUAAAACAUUUUUAAACAAAAGGUGAUGUACAGGGAGAAAAAAUCAGAAAGAAAAAGCACUUCAUUAUGUCACAGUAUUUACAGGAGAAAGUGUAAAAAAAUUAAUUCUUUUCUCAAAAAAAAACCAUUUGGGGCCUGAUUCUUUGCUAGUGUAACUGAGCACAGCUCCCUGAGGCUGGUGGAGCUGGGCAGAGUUAUGCUAGCUGAGAAACUGAACCUUAAAAUCUUCUUUGCAGACAAGGGAACCCUUACCAGCAGUACUUGAAGACUUGUGAGUUGUGACUGCAUGUUACUUGAAAGAUCUAAUUAAGCUAUGUUUUUUGGUGCAAGAAUUUGUUGUACAUGAUUUCAUGUUUAUGUAGCAAGAUGCAUUGAAAUGUUGAUACUAGUAUUGAAACAUACAUGUAAAAAUUGUCGUUGUGGAAAUUGUCUGUUCUGUUCUAUUUUUCUUGUGUGUCUCAUCUGUUUAGAACGUAAACUUUCUUUUUUUUUUAUUGUCCUAACUGAAUAAGGCUAAAUGAAUACUGUAAUUGAAAAUAUAUUUUAAAUCUUGUCAUGAGUUUUUAAAAAGACUAUUACAAAUUGUAUCAUUCCUGAUUACACAGAACUUUGUGGGUGGUUUUAAAUAAAUUUUAUACUUCUAUUUUGCA